CUUACUAAGUUUACCUAUUUUAUACUAUAUAAAAAAAUAAGUAAUACUAAGGAAUUAGUAUAUACCUUCCUUAAAAUAGUUAUUAUUAAUUAUAGUUUAUUUAAAAAAAUAGUAUUCAAUAAAAAUAAGCUAUUUACUAUUAAAUUUUAA